UCUAGAGGCUCGGCAAGCUGGCGAGCGAACUGGCUCGCUGACCACAAUUAAGCCGCCAAAUGACAGUGCUUUUUAUCAGAAUCCCGAGCAAAACUUACAUUCCAGUAUUUGGACGGAGAUUGGGGCAAAACAGCUAUGCAUUUUCGUCUUUGAUAUUUGCUUUCCAGCUCAUCAUUCAGAGUUGAUAAUGCUCAAGAUGAAGCUGCCGAUGAGAGCGGCGGAGGAGGGAGACAACUCCGUGGAAGAAGAGCAGGAAAACAACGACUGCGAUUUCCACGCUCACCGUUUAAUUUCAAAUUCGGUUCCUUGUAACGGAACGGAGGACUCUGGAGCGAGACCGGCUUGCCCGCUUCCACAAUUGAACAAGGAGGCGGUGUUCGAGUGGUUCGGGUUGCACCUCAGCCCGGCGAAACGGAUAGAGUUCAUGUGUGGGCUGCUGCAUAUGUGCCAACCGUUUGAACUCCGCUUUUUGGGCUCCUGUCUCGAGGACCUCGCACGUAAAGAUUUCUAUGUCCUCCGAGACUAUGAAAUCAAGGCGAACAGCCAGACCGAUUUGGGCCUCCUCAUGGAUGUUACCGAUCCGGUGGUCCACUCAAAACUGCUCAUUUGUCUAUCUCUUCUGGGAUCUGAAAAUAGGGAGUGCGCAGGAAUACUGUUUAGAACACUGAGCCAUGUUUAUUCCUCUCUUGACUUGAAAAACUGUGGGGUUUCCCCAUCCAAGUACGGGGAUUCCAUGCACGGUCAAGCCCGCUACCCAACAAACGGAGGAGCCGAGUCUGGGAAAACAAAAUCUCCUCAUCGACCAACGUUGGAUAUGGAGUCUGACAUUAGUUCUUUAGAGCAGUUGGCUCUGCUCUUCACUAUGGCAUCCCUCCACCCGGCUUUCCCUUUCCACCAGCGAGAAACCAUCAGGCUACAGCUGGACAACGUGGAAACUGCGAUCGAGGAAUACAGGAGAAACUGUGACCGCAAUGAAACCCCUACGCCGAAUGAGUGCCACAAGUCUGACUACCUCUGUCCACACACUGGGAGAGGCAGAGCGCGGCCAUCCCACCCAAGCAGAACUGCUUGCGGUAAAGCCGUACACAUAGAGAAGAUCAUCUUGAAGGAAAUCUCCGCAAGUCCAAGGGAGUACAGUUUUGAGGUGCUCUGGUCAGAUCAGUCAUCCAGCACUGUGACCAAAUCCCACCUUGAGCUGGAGAAUUUCCUUUUAAAGCUGCCUAAAGGGCACUGCUCUGAGACCUGUGAGAAGGGGCUUCUGAGGUUACUGAGCCAGAGGGACCAACACGAGCCCAUGGAUCUGGAGAGGAUACUCAAGUAACACCUCGCCAGCAGGCAAGCCAUGCCAGUCAGCCAGGCACUGCAAUGACUGCUCUGAGACCUCCAGUCUGGAGGAAGCGUUCUCAGAUCUGGAUCUGGAGCCAUAUGGUGGAGCCGGCGCUUGGAUGAAGCGGAGCAGCAAAGGUGCUGGCCGCGGGGGGCAGUGCUGCCGGAGUCACCAGCGGGAUAGCAGGAGGAGGGGUCGUGCCGAGCACAACGGAGAGGUGGAGUGGGGGCGCCAGAGCCCGUCCCGUGCGCCGGGCCACUCGGAGCAGUGCUGUGCUGGUGAGAAGUGGAGCUGUAUGACUGGGAAGAAGCCCAAAGCGAGAGCCUCAGGUGCUGACAGGGAGAGGGCAAGGCGAGGGGAGGCAGACGAGAGCUUUGUACCCAACGGGAUCCGGCGGCCCUCUGCUGCUCAGAAGAUAAGGCAGACUAGGGGCCCUGACGCAUACGGAGAAACCUCCUCUGAGAGUUCCUACUCCACCACCUCCAGCCCUCAGCACCUUCAGCAUGCCAGUUUACAGAGCGAGGAUGAGGAUGACGAAAAUGAGGAUGACGAUGAUGAUGAUAGAGACACAGGAAGCCAGUCGGACACGGGGACUCUGCGAGCGCGUCCUGCCAAAGGCGCCAGCGGGAAGGCCGUGGCCCUGGUGAACCCCAUGCUGCCCCCUGCCCUCGAAAAGGAGCCCUCCCAGCACAGCAAGACCUCCGAGGGGCUGCAGUCUCCUCUCGGGGGGGUUCCCGCGGGGUGCCCCUUCUACUCCAAGCCGACCGCAACCCUGGAGCCCAUCCUGGCCAGUCCUGGUGAUGCGCGGAGCUCUCACCAGCACCCUCCCAUGGCUGCGGUCAGCGCCCUGCCCAUCUCUGCCCAGCAUGCCAGCGACCCCUCGCCCUCCGCCAGCACCCCUCCCCUGCCUUCCCACCCGUCCUCCCUCCCGCUGCGGGUACAGGGCGGCGGAAUGCCUACACACCCGGCUGUGCCCACGCACACGCCCAGCACGGGGCCCUCGCCCAGCCCGGCGCUGCCCCCCAGCACGGCGCACAGCGACAGCACCAGCCCCAGCGCCACCCAUCUCCUCUGCAGCUCCAGCAGCGCCGGCUGUGCCAGCGCCAGCCUCUCCGGGAACCCAGUGGGCAUGACUGCGGCGGGCACAGCUAUGCACGUGCCUCAGGCCGGCCUCCAGCUGGGCUGUAAUGCCUGCGGGUGCCGGGGCAGCUGUGGCGGCAGCGGUAGUGGUGUGGUCAGCGGCGCAGGCGUAAGCGGAGGCGUUGGCGGCGGCGGCGGUGGUGGUCACCAGGCGACGACGGGCUUCUUCCUGCCCCCGCAGCAGCUGGCGCCGCGCCAGAUGUUCAGCACGGCGCCGCCGCCGCUGCCCUUCCUGCACCUGCCCUCGCACCUGUGCAGCGCCAGCUACCCGCCCGGCGCCCAGGCCCACCAGAGCGGCCACGGCGCCACGGGAGCCCCCGGCGGCCAGCAGCUGUCCUUCUACCCGCACGGCCCCGCCGGCGCCCCGCACCACGCGCACGGCCCGCCGCCCACCGCCACCUUCUCCGCCGGCCCGCUCCUGCACGCCCACUCGGAGCACCUGCUGGCCGCCGCUGCGGUGGCCGCCGGCCAGCAGCCGGGCUACGGCCUGCCGCAGAUGGCCGCCUUCAGCCGCUUCUAUGCGCCGGUCUUCCCGUCCGUGGCCAUGCAUGCUGCCGGCGGAGGAGGCGGAGGGAUGAAGAAGGGCAACAACGUGUCCUGCUACAACUGCGGCCUGAGCGGCCACUACGCACACGAGUGCAAGCAGCCCACGGCGGACACCGGCCAACCAGGUGGAUUCCGGCUUAAGUACGUUGCCCCCCACUCUUCUGAAGCACUAGACAAAGCUGACUGACAGACAGCAAGGGGACCAAGGAGUAAACGUUUGUUUCUUUCUCGGACUCCCUUGAGGCUUCGUUUGCGUUUCCACCGCAGUAAACACGCACUGCGCCUGGGACCAGGUGGCAGAGGCGAUUAUUUCAAAGGUGAUCUUUGGUUAAUGGAAUAGCUUAAGAAUGUCUCUCUGAUUUUGAAAAAAAGGGCAGGUUAAAAGAUGUGCCUCUCAAAUGCAGCAGCAUACUACCUUUUACAUUGCAACAAUUACAAGAACAUUUAAAAGAAAGGACAAGUGUCUCGUUCAUAAAUGGAGUUAAUUUCAUUGUAUCUGAUAGGACUAUGUGGUUACAUUAUGUUUCAUAUGGUCCACUACAUUACAAUAGCUUUCAUUUAUUUUGUAAACAUCUAAUUGUAAAUGGCUGUGGGCCAUUGUCAUCAUUUUUGUUCUUUUAUCAAAACAUUAAAAGGGUAAUUUAAAGAUGUUAUUACAGUCUUAUAAAAAAACAUGAUCCUGAAACUUGAGACUUAUAUUUGGUAAAGUUGAAAAGCUCUGAAUGUAAAUGCUGUUUCUGUUGGCUUGAUCGGUGUCAUUUCAUGUAAUGUGAAUUGUUUCAAGUUCAUAAUCAUGAUUCAGACAUAGUGUUGUACUGCUGUUUUUUUUGCUUGUUUCAUUUUUUGUUUGUUCUUUAUUUUUACAUAUUUGUUUUGUUUGAAAAUUGUAAAGCACUAUGUUAUGACGCUCAGCGUAACUUGAUGUUCAUGUCAGGUCCUUAAGUGCACUGAGAGUAAUCUGUACUGAUCUGUCCACUGUGCCGUUUGACUUAGGAGGGCUUUGGAGAGGCGUGCUGUCAUUUGGUGGUGUGACCGCCAGAGAGCGCUCUAGUGACUGUGCUCUGGUGCUUGCACACACAGCAUGUAUACGUUUUAAAAGAAGAGAGUACUUAGUGUCCCAAGUAUUUUUUUUAUUUUUAUUUUUAUGACUUGUUAGCGUUUAUUUUCAUGUAACACACUUCCAUUUCUACCAACUGGAUUGUGACGUCCAGGGUAAAAAAAAAAACUUUUUUAAAAAAUUGGUUAUUGAGGUGAAACUUUAUUGGAAUGGAUACUUUAUUUGGAAAUGAAGUCAUUGUGAAGCACAUAUGUUUACCUGCAUGCUCUUUGGCCAGGAUGUGUUGUGUUUGUCAAGCGUACAUGAUGUGGGAUAUCUGUUCAGUUGCCACUAAAACCAAGCAGUGUAAACACGUUUGUACUGACAAACCUUCAACCUUUUUUUUAACAGCUAUGUUUUUGUUCUCUGGAAAUCUUGCUUAAACUGCCAAAGCAGACUUAAGGAAAAAUCCCCUUACUUUUUUAUAAUAUAUGCAAACAGAUAAUUUAAAAAAAUAUUUUAUAUUGGUUUUGAUUAAGGGAUCAUGAUUUUGACUUUCUUUAUGUACAAAAUCUUUAAAAGACAAAAAAACGCACAGCCCUCUUUCACUGAUCUAGAGGGUGGGGGAGAGGGAGAGACCCGCCCUGCAUUUGCGCAGCUGCAGGAGGUGUUUGUUAUAUUUCUUUGGAGAGAUACUGUGCCGUAUAAAUGAGGUAAAUUGUUACCCUGGGUUUGUGUUUACUGUUUCAUAUCUAAACGUUGAUAUUUACUGGAAAGUUCGAAUAUAUUUCUAGAGAGAAAUUUGCAUUUUAAGCAAAUUUAUCUUAAACCCAUUGAGUUAUCAGCAAUAAAUAUUGAAAAAAGGA